AUGGCGCCACCAGAGACUGACAAGGCCACAGAGAAAGAGCUUCAAAGGAUACGCCGGUUGCCAGAGAACCGGGUGUGCCCAAACUGUUUGAAAGAGGAAAGCCUGGGAUUUAGUGCAGUUUGCACAACGUUCAAGACGUUCAUCUGCCAUGACUGCAAAUCUGCUCAUCAGAGUUUCUCACAUCGCUGCAAGAGCAUCCAGAUGAGUGUGUGGACAUUGGAGGAGGUUAAGGCUCUCGACGACUGCAACGGUGGUGGAAAUGCCGCGGCCGUGCGCAAGUAUCUCGGGAAAGUGACGCCGAAAGACCGCGUGAAGCAGGGCAGUACCCUCGAAUUGUACAAACGAUUUAUUCAGCGAGCUUACGUUGACCAGCGAUGGGCGGACGAUCAGCCGGAAGUUUCUGUCCCGGAGGCACCUCAAGCACUGCCGGCGCCGUCGUCGCCAGAAACAGUGGAAGAGCCCAGGUCCCGAUCUAGGAAGGGCCGUCAUCGCAAAAGGAGAGAAAAGGCUGCCAACCUGCAGUCGGACUCGGUGCAGGUGGCUCCAGAUGGUCUGUGGCAGCAUGAUCUGCGCAGUCAGUCUCCGAGCGCGCUAGGUCUCGAGCAGGAAAGCCGUUAUGGAUCUUACGGCAGGAGAGAGGAACAUGCCGUGCAUGCGGUGCAGUUCUUUCAAGGGCCAGGCCUUCACGAACACUAUGCUUGCAGCAAUGAAGAGAGACAUCGAAAGCUUGGACCGGGACCACUCCCGUGCGAGCAAUCGCCUCCACUGUCGACUGCCGGGUCAUGGUCGACAGUGUGGUCAACACCCACCUCGAAGGGCGUGGCGCUUCCGCUGGAUCCCACAAACCCGUGGGCCGAAGACGUCCUGCGCCUCUGCGAGAAGCAAGGUCAAGAAGUCGCGGGCCGCUUCGACUUGAGUCCGGCCAUGGCUGGGCGCCGCAUCAGUAUGCCAAGUUGGGGAUACUCUGCACAAGCAUUUUGA